AUGGAGCCCGGAUGCCCGCACGGAGGAGUUCAGGGUGGGGCAGUUAAUAAGAUCAGGUAGGAUGAAAUGCCCCCUUCCCAGGUCCCCACCCUCCUGCCCCAGACUGGGGCUCGCGUGGCUGGGAGCCGGGCGUCGGCUGAUGUCUCCCUUUGUUUUGCAGCGAGGAGAAGGCUCAGCCUGGGAGCCGCCGCAUCCCGGGAGGGCCUGGAGCCGAGACAACGGCCUCUCGCCUCACAGGUAAGGGGACCGGGAUUUCAUUGCUUUGCCGCUCUAUGCUUUGCCACUCGCGAUUUGUGGGUUUGGGGGGGCGCGGGCAGGGGGGGUGUCGGAAUGUCACCCCCCCUUCAGAAUGGCACCUGGGGCAGCCCACCCCCCUGCCCCCCAUCGGUACGCCCCUCGCCAGAAACAGGAUUCGAGCCCAAGAGCCCUCUGCUCACCUGGGACUUCCUGCAACGGCUUCUUGAAGCCCCGUCCCUGGUCGUUUGGUCUGUGACAGACCAUUCACACAUUCAGGGAUUCCUUCUUUCUUGCAGGGUAUGACAUCUGCACCGCUGUGGCUGCUGCUGAAACCCCCUCCCCACAAAUAAGGUAAGAGGAAGGGAGAAUUUGCAUGGAGCAGGGAGAAUACCCUGCUCCAGACUUCCAGACCAACUCUCAUACUUAAAACCAAGGUGUUCCUACAAGAGCCAGUAUCAAAAUAGCAUGGAAGCAGUACAGAAAUGGAUAAGGCGGAGCUAUAGCUGAUAAGGAAUGCAGUGUCACCAUCUGCAGUGAUCAUGGAGCCCAAGAAAGUAAAAUCUCUCCCUGCCUCCAUUUCUUCCCCUUCUAUUUGCCAGGAGGUGAUGGGCCCAGUGGCCAUGAUCUUCGUUUUUUGAUGUUGAGCUUCAGACCAUAUUUUGUGCUCUCCUCUUUCACCCUCAAUAAAAGGCUCUUUAAUUCCUCCUCACUUUCUGCCAUCAAGGUUGUGUCAUCUGCAUAUCUGAGGUUGUUGAUAUUUCUUCCGGCAAUCUUAAUUCCGGCUAGGGAUUCAUCCAGCCCAGCCUUUCGCAUGAUGAAUUCUGCAUAUAAGUUAAAUAAGCAGGGAGGCAAUAUACAGCCUUGUCGUACUCCUUUCCCAAUUUUUGAACCCAUCAGUUGUUCCAUAUCCAGUUCUAACUGUAGCUUCUUGUCCCGCAUAGAGAUUUCUCAGGAGACAGAUGAGGUGAUCAGGCACUCCCAUUUCUUUAAGAACUUGCCAUAGUUUGCUGUGGUCCUCACAGUCAAAGGCUUUUGCAUAGUCAAUGAAGCAGAAGUAGACGUCUUUCUGGAACUCUCUAGCUUUCUCCAUAAUCCAGCACAUGUUUGCAAUUUAGUCUCUGGUUCCUCUGCCCCUUCGAAAUUAUGUAUGCAUACAAUAUAUAUAUUGCUGUAAAUUGCUUGGAUACCUUUGGGUCACAAGUGACUGGUAAAUUUAAUCAAUGAUUAUGGUGCUGAUAAUGAUCAGUCCACAUGGGAUUUUCGACAGAGCGGAACGAAGAUGAGUGACAGAAUCAUAGAGUUGGAAGAGACCCCGUGGGGUCAUCCAGCCCAACCCCCUGCAAUGCAGGAAUCUUUUGCCCACUGUGAGGCUGGAACCCACGACUCUGAGAUUAAGACUCUCAUGUUCUACUGAUUCAGCUUGUUGUUGUUGUUUAGUCGUUUAGUCAUGUCCGACUCUUCGUGACCCCAUGGACCAGAGCAAGCCAGGCACUCCUGUCUUCCACUGCCUCCCACAGUUUGGUCAAACUCAUGCUGGUAGCUUUGAGAACGCUGUCCCACCAUCUCGUCCUCUGUCGUCCCCUUCUCCUUGCGCCCUCCAUCUUUCCCAACAUCAGGGUCUUUUCCAGGGAGUCUUCUCUUCUCAUGAGGUGGCCAAAGUACCGGAGCCUCAGCUUCAGGAUCUGUCCUUCCAGUGAGCACUCAGGGCUGAUUUCCUUCAGAAUGGAGAGGUCUGAUCUUCUUGCAGUCCAUGAGACUCUCAAGAGUCUCCUCCAGCACCAGAAUUCUAAAGCAUCCAUUCUUCCGCGAUCUGCCUUCUUUACGGUCCAGCUCUCACUUCCAUACAUCACUACUGGGAAAACCAUAGCUUUAACUAUACGGACCUUUGUCGGCAAGGUGAUGUCUCUACUUUUUAAGAUGCUGUCUAGGUUUGUCAUUGCUUUUCUCCCAAGAAGCAGGCGUCUUUUAAUUUUGUGGCUGCUCUCACCAUCUGCAGUGAUCAUGGAGCCCAAGAAAGUAAAAUCUCUCCCUGCCUCCAUUUCUUCCCCUUCUAUUUGCCAGGAAGUGAUGGGACCAGUGGCCAUGUUCAGCUUAUCCUCCCCCAAAGUGGGCUGUGUGGCGUUGCUUUAUCCAUUAGAUUCACAUCCUGCAUUUCUCAGGAGGCAGAUGAGGUGAUCAGGCACUCCCAUUUCUUUAAGAACUUGCAUGCAGCAAAAAAAGCAAAAUCUGCAAGGCUUGCUCGGCUGCCUUGCCGGCUGAAUGAAUGACGUCACCGCCUGCCCGGGGAUGCGGGGGAGGCGCCGGAGCCCGGGACUGUGACGUCACCUCCGCGCUUUAGCCAAUGGGGAGAGCCGCUGCGGCCAGUGUCGGAAUGCGGGCGGACGCGGCGCCUUGUCUCUCGCUGUCUCUCUCGGGGACGCGCCUUCCUCCCCUCCCGGGCGCGCUCUCGCCCUCCUAAGGUGGGCGAUGGGGUGUGGGGGGGUUGGGGGGAGGCUGCGCUCUUUCGCAGGAGGAUAUUUUGCUUUUUGAUGCUAUUAAAUGCGGGUUUGGAAGUGGAAAUCGCGAAAGAGGUGCUUUUGUUUGGUGGGGGCCCUAGAUUUAGCGAAAAGGGGGCGGGGGGCAGAUAUGUGGGGCUCUGAGACGCGAGGGGUUUGAGGCUGGGGGGAUGGAGGGGUUGCUCGUGGGAAAAGGCUUUGUUAGGGAGGCAGGGAAGGGGGAGGGGAAGGAGGGGGGGAGUUUCCAGAAAUAUAGGGUUGGGGUUCCCCCCCCUCCUUAGAGGUGGGUGGGGAGGAAAUGUGGGGCUGGACUAGAUGACCCUGGCGGGUCCCUUCCAGCUCUGCACUUCUGUGGUUCUAAGAAACGGCUGCCGGGAGGGUGGUGGUGGUUUGAGCCAGGAGGGAAGGGGUUAAGUUGUGGGGGUGCUUUUGACCGUUAAGUCGUGGGGGGGGCACUUGAUGGGAGGGAAGGGGUUACAUUUUGAGGUUGGGCUGCUUUUGAUGGGAGGGGAGGGGUUAAGUCGUGGGGGGUGCUGCUUUUGAUGUUGUGGGGCUGCUUUUGAUGGGAGGGAAGGGGUUAAGUCGUGAUGCUUUUGAUGGGAGGGAAGGGGUUAAGUCGUGAUGCUUUUGAUGGGAGGGAAGGGAUUAAGUCGUGAUGCUUUUGACGGGAGGGAAGGGGUUAAGUCGUGGGGCUGCUUUUGAUGGGAGGGAAGGGGUUAAGUCGUGGGGCUGCUUUUGAUGGGAGGGAAGGGGUUAAGUCGUGGGGCUGCUUUUGAUGGGAGGGAAGGGGUUAAGUCUUGAUGCUUUUGAUGGGAGGGAAGGGGUUAAGUCGUGGGGCUGCUUUUGAUGGGAGGGAAGGGGUUAAGUCGUGGGGCUGCUUUUGAUGGGAAGGAAGUGGGUUAAGUUGUGGGGCUGCUUUUGAUAUGGGGUUAAGUCGCAGGGCCGCCACUUUUGGAAAGAUAGGGUGCAGAGGGGUCUGUGGGUCUGGGAGGCAACUGCUGUGUGUGUGAAUGGGGCUGGGAUUCUUUUGGGGGGUGGAGGAAGGUUUUUGGGGGUGGAGGCUGCAGUUAAUGGCUGGGAUCUCUAGGGAUGGGGGAGCAGCAGGCGAGAAAGGAGUCUCCGAAGGAAGCCGCUUUGAGUUCCUGUCACGGGAAAAGGCAGGGAAUAAUAAUAAUAAUAAUAAUGUGUGGUUUUACAGUGGUUGUUCCUUUAAUAAUAAUAAUAAUAAUAAUUUAUUAUUUAUACCCCGCCCAUCUGACUGGGUUUCCCCGGCCACUUUGGGCGGCUUCCAACCAAAUAUUAAAAACAAGACAGCGUCAGACAUUAAAAACUUCCCUGGGCGGCUUUGAGCAGAAUAUUAAAACACAACGAUUCAACAAAUAUUAAAAGCUUCCCUAAAGAGGGCUGCCUUCAGUUGUCUUUUAAAAGUAAAAUAGUUGUUUAUUUCCUUGACAUCUGAUGGGAGGGCGUUCCACAGGGAGGGUGCCACCACCGAGAAGGCCCUCUGCCCGGUUCCCUGUAACCUCACUUCUCGCAGCGAGGGAACCGCCAGAAGGCCCUCGGAGCUGGACCUCAGUGUCCAGGCUGGACGAUGGAGGUGGAGACGCUCCUUCAGGUCUACUGGGCCAUUUAGGGCUUUCAAGGUCAGCACCAAGACUUUGAAUUGUGCUCGGAAACGUCCUGGGAGCUGAUGAAGAUCUUAUGUGGUCUCGGCGGUCACUCCCAGUCACUUUCCUUUCCUCCGUUGCUGGAACAUUUGACUGAUCUUGAUCCUUCCUCUUCCUUUAGCAUUGAUCCAGCGCCGGGCAGUCUGGAAAUUUGGUGA